UUUACCGCCUCAAGAUGGCCGUGUGGCUUUGUUCUGUGGGCCGCGCAGCGACCGCGGGCCCGGCCCGGAGCCCUGUGGUCCGGGAGCCCCACGUGGGGGUGCGGCCGGCCCGGGGCCCUGCUGUCUAGGGGGUCGGCCUAGCUGCGAGCCUCGGGGCCUCGUCCGCGGCCGCCUGCAACUUCCUGGCCUCGCCGAGCGGCGACCGGGCCCACGGGGCCCACGGGGCCCUCGGGGCAGCGACCCGGUGGCGGGUGGAGCCGGUCCUCACCGUGUCGCCCCGGGCUCUGGAAUCUUGCUCGACACAGGCUGCCUCGGGCUCGUGCGAUGCUUCUCCGUGUGAGAGGAGUAUAAAGGGCGUCUCUAGGCGUUCCAUCGAGAUGGGCUUCGGUUCCCCCAGAACCAGAAUCUGCAAGUUAUUACCACGUAGCCGACCGAGCUGUCUAAUAUCUCACCCAGGUUACCUGCUAGUGAAUACCGCGUCUGAAACAGCUCCGUGACCCAGUGCAUUAUCAUUAUUAUUUUUGUUUUUAGGGGUGGUAGUGGUGGGGCUUGUGUAUGAAUGCUACCUAAGUUAGAAUUCUGGCACAGCAAGCCCCAGAUGCCCUUCACGUUCAGCUAGAUCGGUGCACAGCAGCCCGUGUUGGACUUGCUGGUUAAAUAAACCGAAUUGUAACGUUGCUUUUCAGCUUUCCCUGGCCGUGAAGUACAGUUAAUUUGGUAUCUUCAAACCUUGCUCAACUUUUAUAGGAAUCAGUGUCAAGAUAAAGUGAUCAACAGUAGUGAUAGUGUUAGGGAGCCGAGGAACAGUUUGUAGGAUUAAACUGGGUGUAAUCUCGAGGAACUAGGUAUUUCUAAAUAAAACCGGUUCAUUUCUUGUGAAGGAAGCCUCUGCCUCCACCAGAAAUGGGCUUUGACAUUGAAUGAGGUGUGCUUUUUUGGCGUAGGUCGUAUUGCAUGAGCUUUUGAUUUUUGAUUUGCUACAAGAGGUUGAGGCUGUCAAGUGUAAAUAUAGGAAAAAGAAUCACCCUUUUCGGAGUACUUUUCGGUUGCUUUGAAAUAUAGUUCAGCUCUUCAGGAUAGCAUACCGUCCUGCUUGUGCUUCGGGGUUGGACAGUGACUCAUUCUGAUAUAGGUGACUCUAAAUUACUACUAUGUGCACUAGUCAGAGUUGACAUUGAAGAGAAAAAGUAUGUUUUAGACCAAAGUUUGAUGACACUACCAACCUAUGUGGUGUGCCAGAAGUUAACCUUGUAGUGUGUGCAGAGUGGGAGGAGUCAGUCAGUAAGGAAAUCCAUUUUCUGUAGAGGAUUGAAAAAUAGCGGUCAGAUUUGGAGUAUUUGCUUUCAUUAUACUUAUGAUAAAAAUAAUGAACAAUGUUAGAGAUAAAUAAUCUCUUAACAGCCCAUCCGUAGCCACCAAUGCUGCAGUUGGGCUGUAGAUUUGAGUGUAUCUGACUCUGAUCCUGUCAUGUGCCAGGGUUCAGUUAUAUCUAGAAGCUCCAUAUUCAAUUCCGUUCUUCCAGUCUUUAUUUGUAGAGUUAAAUAAAGGCUUUAACAUUAUGCCUGGAUGGAUACAGCCCACGCUCAUACAUAUAUGCAUAUGUGUUUUUUAGACAGGCUUCUAAAGUAUUUAGAGAGAACAGAUGAAGUGGUAAAACAAAUACUGACCUUGAAACAUUUGUAUUCCACAAGACCAAGUUUCACAUCCAUCACCGUUUUUGAAAAAUCGUUUUACCUUUGCUUUGUAUUACGUGCACUCUACUUGCAGGGGUGCUUACCAGGACUUUAACGGAAUGGAUCGUGAUUAUGGCCCUGGAUCUUACGGAGGUCUGGCAUUCAAGGAUAUUUAUCUAAAAAUUCUUCUUUUGAGUGCCAGUAAAGCAUAUGGGUGAUUUUGGAAGCUUCCAUAGACCUGGAAUUAUUGUUGACUAUCAAAACAAACCUGCCAAUGUGACGAUUGCUACUGCAAGAGGAAUAAAAAGAAAAAUGAUGCAAAUAUUUAUUAAGCCCGGGGGAGCCUUUAUCAAGAAGCCUAAGCUAGCGAAACCUAUGGAUAAGAUGAACCUCAGCAAAUCACCUACAAAAACUGAUCCUAAAAAUGAAGAAGAAGAAAAGCGGCGAAUUGAGGCUCGGCGAGAGAAGCAAAGACGUAGACGAGAAAAAAACAGUGAAAAAUAUGGAGAUGGAUACAGAAUGGCAUUCACAUGUUCAUUUUGUAAAUUUCGAACCUUUGAAGAAAAAGAUAUUGAACUGCAUCUGGAAAGUUCUUCUCACCAGGAAACAUUAGAUCAUAUUCAGAAACAAACCAAAUUUGAUAAAGUAGUUAUGGAGUUUUUACAUGAAUGUAUGGUGAAUAAAUUUAAAAAAGCAUCUAUUCGUAAGCAACAGACACUUAAUCACCCAGAAGCUUACAAAAUAAUUGAAAAAGAUAUUAUGGAAGGUGUUACUGCAGAUGAUCACAUGAUGAAAGUGGAGACUGUUCACUGUAGUGCUUGUAGCGUGUACAUCCCUGCUUUACACAGCUCAGUUCAGCUGCACCUAAAGUCUCCUGACCACAGCAAAGGGAAGCAGGCUUAUAAGGAACAGAUAAAGAGGGAAAGUGUGCUGACUGCCACAAGCAUCUUAAACAAUCCGAUCGUGAAGGCACGGUAUGAGCGCUUUGUUAAGGGAGAGAAUCCUUUUGAAAUUCAAGAUCACCCUCAGGAUCAGCAGAUAGAAGGAGAUGAAGAGGACGAAGAGAAGAUUGGUGAACCCAUCGAGGAAGAGGAAGAGGAGGAGGAGGAAGAGGAGGAGGAAGGGGAGGAAGCUGGAUCUGUGGAGGAAGAAGGGGAUGUGGAGGGAGAGGAGGGCACAGCAGAAGCCGCAGCAGCAGGGGAAGCUGACGCAGUGGGAGAGGCAGAGGGAGCAGGGGAGGCAGAGGAGGCGGAGGAGGAGGAGGAAGAGGAGGGAACCCAGGAGUUUGCUGCCCAGGCCUGUGCUACUGAGCAGUGCGAGCACAGGCAGAUGUAGGCGCCACACUUCACAGGGGCCUUACUGGCUGCUACCGUAGAGAAUGGAAGAUGCUGAGUAGCUUAUGAUAUGAGUUGACACCAUGUUGCAUGCAUUCCACAUAUUAAAGCUUGUUUUAUAUCAUUUCUAAAUGUUUGGCACUUGUUUAAUAAAAUGAAGUUAAGAUGAUUUCAGUUUAGUUUUUAUAGAUACCAAAUUUAGAUAUGAUAAAUUGUUUGUAUGGUUUUUAAGCUUAGUUUUUAUUACCUUAUUGGUGUUCAGGAUUCUAGGUGUGUGUUGCUCCUCUGCCCGUUGUAAUCAUUUGAACUUAAAAUGCUGCUCUUGGGAGUGAACCUUUAAGUGUGCAUUCAGUUUUUGAGUACUUACUCUAGAUUGAUUGGACAAGUAUUCUGUCCUGAUUUUAGUAUUUCUUUUUUUACAUUGAAUAGCAGUUAGCAUUAAGAUGGCUUAAAGGAUUUUGUGUACAGUUCCCUUUGUAGCAAUAAAAUGUUUUCUUUCUUUUUUUUAAAAAAGAACUUUUUCCUUUGAUUGCAAUUUAAACAUUUCAUCAAUUAAAUGAGUAUUUAAAAAUCAA